UUAGCUUCCCACUCGUCUUUCCUGUACUUCCCUUUGUUGCUGGUUUCUGUCUUGGCCACGAGUUUUUGUCUAGGUCUAGCUAGCAGCCUGUUCAUCUUUUUGCAGGAUUUCCCAGUCCGGUGGUGUGUGGGGAAGUCUGCAGCUGCUGCUGCUUGAAAUGAUCAAGGCUCUUGCUGCUGCCCACACCACACAGGGUAGCUGAGAUGGCCUCAGGGAAAAGUCAGGCUCCUUUGCCAGCUGGAUUGCACUCUUAGGCCACUGCUUAGCUCCCAUUCUUUAACCAGACCUGCAGACCUGGAAGCCAGUGUUGUGGACAGGGCAGUCAUGGGCCACAGUUGGAAGCAGCUAGGUAACUGGAAUGGUUUUCCUUCUUUUUGUACCUGGCUGUCCAGAUUGUCAGCUUUGGCCUCAGUAUGGGGUGCUGGGAUUUUGAAAGUCCUCGACACUGCUCCCUCAGGGCUCUCUGUAGGUAGUAGCUGUUUGUCCUGGUCUCUGCCUGUCUUCCUGGGCAGCUUCACCACCCUCUUCCAACCUCCCCAUCCCUUCUGAGCUACCAAUGCCUGUGUGAGUCCCAUCCCAUGGCAGGCUGGCACUGCUGUGCUCAGAGCACUAGCCUGGACCUUGAAGUCUGCAGCUCUGGGUUCAGACGGAUUCCCCCUUGUGCCUGUACAGAGCAUGUAGGACAUUUGGGACCAUUUAUGUUGCUCAUUGGCCUUUCGGAGAAAAAGGGGAACAGAGGACGUGCAGAUCUGAGUUUUGUGAACACAGCCAGAACCCAAGAUGUAUGCAAAGAGUCAGCCCUGGUGUGCUAACAACAGGGACCCAAAAAUAAUAGGGGCUAUGGGGAGGAAAGACACAAAAGGAGAAGCAGAAGUGUAUGCAAAGCAGCUUGGGGCUGCGGAGUGGAUGGCUCAGAGCGCUUCCUGUUCCCGGAGCCGCGCGUCCCCCGCUGUGUACGGGCUCGCGCCUGCCUGUGCCCAGCAGCAGUGCACAGCAGGCCAGAGAUCAAGGAAAAUGUGGACAGAGAAGGUCUGAAUGGACUGAGAGUAGACUCCAGGAGAGAUACAUGGCCAGCUCCCAAGAGGCACAGGAGCAGUUUGGUGUUGGGUGCCCCGGCACAGACCUCCGACUUCCCUUUCCUUUCCAGCGCAAACUGAUUUUUCUUCUGAGUUUUUUGGGUUGCUUUGGUGGCAGCCACUUGGCCGCCUCUUCUUUCUCCCUCCACAAUGGUGAGGUGGUUUCACCGUGACCUGAGUGGGCUGGAAGCUGAAGCCUUACUGAAGGGACGAGGUGUCCAUGGGAGCUUCCUGGCCAGACCCAGUCGGAGGAAUCAGGGGGAUUUUUCUCUUUCAGUCCGGGUUGGUGAUCAGGUAACCCACAUCCGCAUCCAGAAUACUGGGGAUUUCUAUGACCUGUAUGGAGGGGAGAAGUUUGCCACCUUGUCAGAACUGGUGGAAUACUACACACAGCAACAGGGCUCGCUGCAGGACAAAGAUGGAACCAUCAUCGACUUGCGAUACCCGCUCAACUGUUCUGACCCCACAACAGAGAGGUGGUACCAUGGGCAUCUGUCAGGCCCUGCAGCUGAGUCACUGCUCCAGGCCAAAGCUACUCCUUGGACCUUCUUGGUGCGGGAGAGCCUCAGCAAACCCGGGGACUUUGUCUUGUCUGUCCUCACUGACCAGCCUAAACCUGGGUCUGAUGCUCCAGCUGGGGCAACCGGUGCCUCUGGGACCCGUCUCAAAGUCACACACAUCAAGAUCAUGUGUGAGAAUGGACGCUACACAGUUGGAGGUGCUGAAAUGUUUGACAGCUUGACAGAUUUGGUGGAGCACUUCAAGAAGAUUGGAAUUGAGGAGAUGUCUGGUUCCUUUGUGUACCUGAAGCAGCCCUACUAUGCUACAAGGGUGAAUGCUGCUGACAUUGAGAACAGAGUGCAGGAACUGAACAAGAAGACAGGUCUCUCUGAGGAGACAUCCAAGGCUGGAUUUUGGGAGGAAUUUGAUAGCCUGCAAAAACAGGAAGCUAAGCACCUGUUUGACCGUCAUGAGGGCCAGAGACCUGAAAAUAAGAGCAAGAACCGAUACAAGAACAUACUGCCUUUUGAUCACUCCAGAGUCAUCCUCCAGGGAAGGGACCCAAAUAUACCUGGAUCUGACUACAUCAAUGCCAACUAUGUCAAGAACACCCUGAUCAGCCCAGAUGAGUGCACCAAGACCUACAUCGCCAGCCAGGGCUGCCUGGAUGCCACAGUCAAUGACUUGUGGCAAAUGGUGUGGCAGGAGAACACGCGCAUUAUUGUGAUGACAACGCGGGAGGUAGAAAAAGGCCGGAACAAAUGUGUGCCGUACUGGCCAGAGCUGGGCAGCACGAAGGAGUACGGUCCCUACCUUGUGCAGAACACUGGGGAGCACGAUGCACUGGAGUACAAACUCCGGCAUCUCUGCGUGUGCCCGAAGGAUAAUGGCAAGGCUGUGCGUGAGAUCUGGCACUACCAGUACCUGAGCUGGCCUGACCAUGGUGUACCCAGUGAGCCGGGAGGAGUCCUCAGCUUCCUCGACCAGAUAAACCAGAAGCAAGAGAGCAUCCCCAACGCAGGGCCUAUUGUGGUACACUGCAGUGCUGGGAUUGGCCGCACUGGGACUAUCAUCGUCAUUGAUAUGAUAGUGGAAACAAUCUCCACCAAGGGGCUGGACUGCGACAUUGACAUCCAGAAGACCAUCCAGAUGGUGAGGGCCCAGCGAUCUGGGAUGGUGCAGACGGAGGCCCAGUACAAGUUCAUCUACAUGGCCAUCUGCCAGUUCAUAGAAGCAACCAAGAAAAAGCUGGAAGUUAUCCAGUCUCAGAAAGGCAAGCCAAAUGAGUGUGAGUAUGGGAACAUCACCUACCCCCCUGCAGUGAGGAAUGCACACCCCAAGGUUUCACGAAAACCCUCCAAGCAGAAAGAGGAGUCAACAGUGUAUGAGAACUUGGGGAAAAAGGAGGAGAAGGUGCGGAAACAACGCUCCUCGGAGAAGAAGCUGAAAGGCUCACUAAAGAAAAAAUAAUCAUACACUGCAGGUAGCCCCAUAGGGGUUUGAACCUGGGCUGCAGGACUGGAGCUCACAUCCCAGCUGGCCUGUAUCACAUUCCUUGCUCUUGGACUGGAACGAAGCCUUCCCCUUCUCUUCCACGCCAGCUUUCAGUGCCGUGAACCAGAACGCUUUCCAGCUCAGCUGACCAACGCUGUGGUCCCUUGCCUGUGCAGGCAAAGUCUCUUGCUGCCCCCUCAUCGUCCAUUAGCAGGAAAAGGUCACGCCCCUCCUUUCCUUGCUCCCUGAGCACCGGCCCCCAAACUCACCUUUGGUGGGCCAGCUUCAGUGGAAUUCUCAGGGAAGAGCUAAGGAAGGUCAUCCCAGGAGCUACAUCUCUGCCCACUGCCGUGAGUUAAAGAGUUUAGCUGGUUUGUGUUUCCUGAAGCCUCAGCCUCAGUAUGGAGGUUUUGACCUGUUUCAGCUCAGCUCCUCUGCAAUUCAACAGACUUCCUCUUUCCUUAAUACCAACCUUCUGCCCCUCAUAUCCUUUUGCUAUCUCAUCCUUCAUCUGGAUGCUGUAAAUAUACAAUUUGAUGUGAUGGCCAUAUUUUCUUCUUUGUUUGUAAAUAAACUUGUAUUUGUUUGA